CAUAUGUAAUUUAAAGACAAAUAUUUGCCCGUGCUUAUGUUAAUAUUUUUCCCCAAGACUUAACUUCACCUGAAGCUCAAAAGUCUUGACUUGCAAAUUCUUUCGUGCUUAUCCAGUCCAGACGUCUCAGGUUUUGUGGUGUUCUGUCAUCAUGGACACUUCAACAAUGAAGGGCGACUGCAGCGUUCCAAGCUUCAAGGCAGCAGAACUUAAUAUCAAGCUAUCCAUGGAUCCAGUGAACCAUCAUGACGUGUUCACCUUCGGUACAGUCUUCACAAACCACAUGCUGACCAUUGAGUGGGACGCCUCUGAGGGCUGGCAGAGGCCCAUGAUUCGGCCUUUCGAGAACCUGCCGCUUCACCCGGCCUGCUCGUCGCUGCACUAUGGCGUUCAGCUGUUUGAAGGUCUGAAGGCUUACCGCGGGGAUGAUAAUCGACUGCGUCUCUUCAGGCCAAUGCUCAAUAUGGAGCGCAUGGUCAGGUCGGCAAAAAGAGCUUGUCUACCAAUAUUUGAGCCAUCAGAGUUGCUGGAGUGCAUCAGGAAACUUGUGGAAGUCGACCAGGACUGGAUUCCACGCUCAGACACAGCCAGUCUGUACAUAAGACCCACAUUGAUCAGCACAGAGCCAAUCCUGAGUGUACGAAAACCUGGCCGAGCCUUGCUUUUUGUCAUCAUGAGCCUAGCGGGUUCUUUCUAUCAGGCGACGGCAAAAGGCCUUUCCUUGUGGGCCGACGCAAAGUACACACGGGCCUGGCAAGGAGGGACCGGAGAUUGCAAGAUGGGAGGGAACUAUGGUGGCGGCCUGGUUGCACAGUCUGAGGCAGAGGACAAUGGUUGUCAACAGGUUCUGUGGCUGUACGGCGAGGACCAUCAAAUCACUGAAGCGGGAACCUUGAAUAUCUUUGUCCACUGGAUCAAUGAGGAUGGAGAAGAAGAGCUUGCGACGCCACCCCUGAACGGCAUCAUCCUCGCAGGCGUUAAUCGACAGAGCAUCCUGGAACUCACCAGACAAUGGGGGGAGUUUAAAGUCACAGAGCGCUACUUGAACAUGGCCCAGCUCUGUGGCGCUCUCAAGCAGGGCCGCGUCAAGCAGGUGUUCGGUUCCGGUACGGCCUGCAUGAUCUGCUCAGUGGGAGAAAUCAUAUACAUGGGAGAGCACUUGCACAUCCCCUGUCAGGACAAGAGGACACAGCUGAGCGCUCGUAUCCUGAAACAACUCACAGAUAUUCAGUAUGGACGCACGCCCAGUGACUGGACAUUCCUGGUCUAACUGUCAUCGUGAAGCCCGGAAUGUGUGCAGUGACCAAGACGAACAGCGCUUAAAAUAAAUAAAUAAAUAUUUCCAAAGUGCUUUAAUGAAAAAAAGUUGGCUGUUAUCUCAUGCAAUAAUGCUUCAUGAAUUACAUUCCUCCAACAACAUGACUUCCUUUGUGUGUGUGUGUGUGUGUGUUUAUCGCAUCGGAUCUGCUUCAUGAUUUUACUGAGUUGUUCUGCCGCACUUGUCUGCACUCAACAUAAAAUGAACCAAGCGGAGUUAGCCCACUCGAGUUCUCAAAAAGUGUAACUUCGCUUUUUUUUUUUUUUUUUUAAAUCAUUUGUUAAUCAGCUCACAUUUUUUUCCACAAUUUACUGAAUGAUUAGUCAAUUGAUUCAUUUGUUGAAAAAGUAGGAUUUAAGUUAAUUUCAACUUCUUCCUACUCCUUUUCAGAGUAGCAAUAUGCAACUUUUUAGUUUGGGAUAUUUAUAUUUUCGCCU